AUGGCCGCAGCCCUGGCCUCAAGGGCCAGGGGGGCUGUGGUUGGAGGUUUGGUGGCCGACGCAGCGGCCGUUCCGUGUCAUUGGUGCUAUGACACCACGAAGCUUGCAGAGCACCUAAAGACUGCUCGCCGAGGCCCGGCCUUCUGCGACCCACCAGGGAACGUUUUCUACACACCCCCAUCUGGUGGCUUUAGCUGCUAUGGCGAUCAGACCAUGACACUGCUCGAGUCCUUGGUUGCCUGUGAGGGCAAGUUGGACGUGGAGGACUACGCCACUCGCCUGGAAAGCAAGUUUGGCAAAGCCAGUGCUUACGAGGUGGAGGCCGUGGAUCCAGAAAACUGGCCGGAGCUCAAGACGAACCCGACCGACGCAGAUGGUAACGUGAUUGAGGCCGAAAGGAAGUGGAGCAUGCCGCUGCCAGGGCCGUGGCGCCACGGCUCAAUCAAGAAGUUUCUCAAGCAGCGCGUGGUCGAGAAGAAGCAGUUCCCAGAGUGUGGUGCUUCCGAUGAGCAGGUGGACGGCUGCUGCAAGGUUGCUCCUCUUGUGGCUCUCUUGGCUGGUUCUCAACAAUUGUUGCCCAGUGUGGAUACUGCCGUCCGAGUCACACAGAACACCGACAAAGCGUCGGCGUUUGCCUGUGGAUUUGCGCGUGUCCUUGAGAAGUUGGUUCUUGGAACGCCCACCGUCAGUGAGGCCAUCUCGGCAGCCCAAGCAGACCUGGCAAAUCCGGAACGUGCCUUCAAGACCGCCCUUGAUGACGAUGUGGCCGCCAACCUUGGCCGGGUGGUGGGCGAAUUUUCCGGCAUGCCGCACAUAGAGGUUGGCAUGAAGCUGAAGCCUGAACCUGAUUACAAGCAGGCUGUUGAGGAGAGCAUAAGAACUGGAGGCUGCACUGCCAGCCGAGCUACCCUUGCUGGCGCGUGCUACGGCUCCAUUGGCACGGACCUCAUGAUUCCAGAAGAAUGGAUUGCCAACACCAGUGAGGGAGCUCGGCUCAAGGACCUGGUGGCCAAGCUUGUCGACCUUCGUGAGAAGGUUGCCACCGACUCCACGGUCUGCUGCGGAGCGAUGUAG